UCUUCUUCAAGGCCUGCGGACGCAUGCUACUUGCCUGAGCAUGUUCUGUGUGAUCGUCUUGAGCUAGCUGCACCAUGUCUUGUGGCAUCAUAACCCUGAAUUAUCUCUGAUUCCGUUGUGAUAUCUUAUUGGUAAUCUUUCUCAGCUAUUAUUUAGCUCUCCCUGGAUCUUCUCUAAUUUUCCCCUUUCCUCUUCUUUCCCCUUUCUUUUCCCUUUCCUCUUGCACUUAGACCAUGGCCGAUCAAGGGCCACCAAGGCCCAACUUUCGUCCUAUCGCGCCGAGACUGGUGCCGGAUCCUCCCGCUCAGAAGAAUUCAGAUGAUGGUCGGACUAAGCGAGCUUCCACUGCUUGUGCCGAAUGUAAACGUCGCCGCACAAAGUGUAGUGCAGAUAAUACUGGUACCCCUUGUACCGAAUGCGCGCUCCAUAACCGCGAAUGUAUCAUUGACGAAUUUGCCGACAAACGACGUAAAGUCGCGGCUAAACGCGCUCAGGAAGACCUUAAAUAUUUCCGUGGGUUCCUGGAACAGCUUCUCGAAGCCAUUCGAUACGGCGAUCGUACAAAUGUGGAGAUUCUCAUCGAGGCCAUUAGGAUGGGGGCUUCACAUGAGGAAAUUCACUCAGUUAUUUCUAAAUUUUCAAACAUUCAGUCAAAAAUCGAGCUGAAAAUACCCACAUCUGUGCAAUCUGACCUACCGAAUGGUGAGGCCCUGGGUAGACGUGAGCCUCAACUAUAGGCUUAACGCAUUACACUCUGAUGGGAGCAAUCAAGUAGUAUUGCGACGGCGGCUGGCCAUUCUUGACAACGGGACCGAUCCCACAUUGCGCGCGCCAUCUUGGUUUCAACCCUCCUGCAGAUAAUAGAAGGCAAACC